AUGCAUUCGCUACGAAUGGUUGUGUUUUUAUUGACGUUGAUGCGGAAUAUAUCGAUUACAAUUAAUUAUAAUCGAGGUGUCGACGAUGCUAAUAGAAGAAUAAUAGAUGAACGACUUCGUAGUAAUAUCGCGAAAUAUCAUAGCAACAAUACUGCCCGUAGUCACGAUAAUAUCGAUAAUAAUCUAGAAGAUAUCAAAUAUAUAAAUUCUUAUAACAAAGGAUCGAAGGAAAAAUCACUGAGGGAAGAUAUGUUCAAGAAGUUGAAUGGGUUUGAAGUCUCCUAUCCACCGGCUGAAAAUCGCUUCUUCAGGUCAAUGCUUAACGAAGAUCUAUGUAAUCAAUAUAAUUUGGAAUGUAUUUAUUAUCGAUCGGAAUAUCCGCAUAGUAGAUUAUCAUAUGAUCCGAAAACUGAUGAAGAAUACAAUCCAUGUCAUCGAUUCGUUGAACCAUGUUUUGGAAUUUCCGAAUACGAUUAUAAAAUUGUAAAAAAAUUCAAAAGUUUAAGGGAUUAUUAA